UCCGGCUCCAGUGCGUCUCCAGACGCAAGGCCUGUGGAUUUAAAAAGCAGUUGCCCUGUGAAACGGCCACACGUUACUUCCAUUCGCGCAACGCAACGAGUUAUAAACAAAUUUAGACAUUCGCAACAGUUGAAACACCUGUACCUCUAAUUGCUUCACUUUUCAUAAGUGAAACAAGCACCGCACCUGCAAUUGUUUAAUGACAGUGACAUACGACACACCAUGGUCUUACACCCAGAGGCAACAAAUGGAUGGAACUCAGUUAAUACAUUGCCAUCAACAGUAACAGAUAAUGUCAUACUCUGCAAGGUGCGUGGUCACCAGAGAGCUCCCUCAGGCUCUCGUGAGUUCAAGGAAAUGACGAAACGAGAUGCUCUCACUCAACUUCAGAGUGAAUUUGAGAAGCUCCUCGGCACUGCCCCUGAAACCAAGAGAGCAGGCAUAAGCAAGCAGUUCAAUGGGUUUGAGAAGCUUUUUGAAAGAUUUCUCAGUGAAGAGGGCCCUUCAAUCGACUGGAAUAGAAUUGAAAAGCUACCAGAAGAUGCGGUAAGAGACUACAGCACACUAUCUCAGCCAUCAACCGAUGUUGUCCACGAUAUGCUGGGUAAAUUGGUUGUCGUCAAACUGAAUGGUGGGCUUGGUACUUCAAUGGGUUGCCAUGGACCAAAAUCUGUGAUUCCAGUAAGAAGUGACCUGACAUUUCUUGACCUGACUGUACAGCAGAUAGAGCAUCUCAACAAAACAUACAAGGCCAAUGUUCCUCUAGUUCUCAUGAAUUCCUUCAACACUGAUGAAGAUACUCUGAAAAUUAUUAGAAAAUACAAAGGUUUACAAAUUGAAAUCUAUACAUUCAAUCAGAGUUGUUUCCCUCGGAUUAACAGGGACUCUCUACUACCAGUUGCAAAAAACUGUGACGUAGAAAUGGACAUUGAAGCGUGGUAUCCACCUGGACAUGGAGACUUUUAUGAAAGUUUUAAAAACUCAGGUCUCUUAAAGAAAUUUAUUGAACAGGGCCGGGAGUACUGUUUUGUUUCAAAUAUUGACAACCUUGGAGCAACAGUAGACCUCAAUAUACUGAAUCUUCUCCUUCAUCCAACUAAGAAGACUCCAGAGUUUGUUAUGGAAGUAACAGACAAAACAAAAGCUGAUGUUAAGGGUGGUACACUGAUCCAAUAUGAAGACAAACUGCGUCUACUUGAAAUUGCUCAGGUGCCAAAGGAACAUGUAGAUGACUUUAAGUCUGUUAAGACUUUCAAGUUCUUUAACACAAACAAUCUUUGGAUCAAACUUGAUGCUAUUGACCGAGUUGUGGAGGAAAAGACAUUAAAUAUGGAAAUUAUAGUAAAUCACAAAACUCUAGAUAAUGGUUUAAAUGUGAUACAGCUUGAAACAGCUGUGGGAGCAGCUAUGAAGUGCUUCGAUGGUGGUUUAGGGAUAAAUGUGCCGAGAAGUCGUUUCCUGCCUGUGAAGAAAACAUCAGAUUUGUUGCUUGUUAUGAGUAACUUGUACAGCUUAAAUCACGGAUCACUUGUGAUGAGUCCACAGCGGAUGUUUCCAACAACUCCACUUGUGAAACUUGGGGAAAAUCAUUUUGCAAAGGUUAAAGAAUUUCUUUCAAGAUUUGCCAACAUUCCAGACUUAAUUGAACUGGACCAUUUGACAGUCUCUGGAGAUGUUACUUUCGGAAGAGGAGUUUCUCUGAAGGGCACUGUCAUCAUCAUUGCAAACCAUGGUGAUAGGAUUGAUAUCCCAUCAGGAGCUUUACUUGAAAAUAAAAUUGUAUCAGGAAAUAUGAGAAUUUUAGAUCACUAGAUGGAGAUAUGUGCCUAGAAACGUGUAUUAGACUCAUCUAAUAAUCGUUAAAAUGUGAGAGAAUUUAAAGUGGCUGAAGUAUGCAUGACGCAUGUAAAUUAAAGUGUGUGUGUUCGUGUGUGUGUGUGUGUGUGUGUGUGUGUGUGUGUGUGUGUGUGUGUGUGUGUGUGUGUGUGUGACUUAAAUUGUUGCCUUAGUAUGCUUUCCAAGCACAUACAAAUCUGCUGUUAGUUCAGUAACUGUAAAAUAAUUGCUAUAUUGUGUUACAGUAUUUCAUUAUAUAUAAAUAAUUUUGAAUAUUUGUUGUUUUGUUGUUUAUAAAUGAAGACCAAAAUAAAAAUAAGGGCAUUAUUUUAUUAAAA